UUCACCACUUCUUCAACUCCGCAUUUUUGCUUUUUCUUUUGCUUUUGCUUUUGCCUUUGCCUAUUUCUUCAUUCAGUUCUGAAGAGACUCUCUCUCACUUUGCCUAGGGUUUUUCAUUUUUGAGCUUCUUCUUGGACCAUAGCACCAUAGCAAUGGCGACAGUGGCAACAGGGAAUACCAACAAUACUAAUAAUACUGCUGUAGCGAAGAGGAAGCCCGUGUUCAUCAAGGUUGACCAGUUGAAGCCUGGUACUUCAGGUCACACGCUCACUGUGAAGGUGGUCAGCUCCAAGACCGUCAAGGCGACCAACAACAACAAGCCUGGCAGAUCUACCAUGCUUCUCUCUCGCCCUCUCCACCCCACUCGUAUUGCUGAGUGCCUCGUCGGCGAUGAGACUGCCACCAUUGUCUUCACUGCUCGCAACGACCAAGUUGAUAUGAUGACACCAGGUGCCACUGUGAUUCUGCGGAAUGCAAGGAUUGACAUGUUUAAAGGGUCUAUGAGGCUAGCGGUUGAUAAAUGGGGACGCGUUGAAGUUACUGAACCUGCUACUUUUGAAGUUAAGGAGGAUAACAAUCUUUCUCUAGUUGAGUAUGAAUUAGUUAAUGUUGUUGAAGAAUGAGCGUGUCCUAUGGAAGUCAAUGUUUUGGCAUUAGGGGUUUGAUUUCUGUUUCCUCGCAAUGAACUGUUAUCUGGGUUGCAAUUUUUAUAUAUGUGGUACACGAGUCUUGCUGAAGUUGUUUUUGCCCCUAAUAUAUUUUGUAGUAAACACCAAGUAAUUGUGAAUUUGGGAAUAUGAUGGAUUUGGAAAGUUUGGUCA